CCGAGGCAUCCGUUCAGCUGACCCCUUCCUGACUGGUCAGGUAGCUUAUUUAACCCUUAUGAACCUCUGUGAAUAGGAAGAUGACUACCGAGUAAGUAAAUACUUGUGUCGUCAAAGUGUCACUUGAACUCAUUUAUUUGAUCGUAGCUCUGCUGUGGUGGUUGGGCCGCUAAAGGAAAGAGCACCAACCGGCCAGGCCACUGCCUGUUGACACAAGCCACAAGGUUUGCUGGUUCGGCGGGUUCUGCCCGCCGCGGUUACCAGAACGCUCCUACCUGGCGGAGUAAAGGACACAUAGGUGAAAUGUUUUUGUGGGAAAUGUUUUUAAAAAUGACCAAGUUUGAUCCUCCCUCACCACCCAUCUGCGCUCAAGCCAAGACGCCCUGUUCUCCGCAUCACCUGCACACAUUCGCCACCGGCCUUCUCUCUCGACCACGAGCCAGCACAUCCCACACACUCGCCACCGGCCUUCUCUCUCAACCAGACCACCAGCCAUGGCUCCAGCCAAGACGCUCACGCGUGACAUGCCAGGCAAGCAAAACUCAUGCCCCGAUGCGGCCUUCUCUCCCUCGACCACCAGCUAUAGCUCAAGCCAAGACGCCCACGCGUGGCCUUCUCCCUCAACCACCACCUAUAGCUCAAGCCAAGACGCCUUGUUCUCCGCAUCAACUUGCAACACAUCCCACACAUUCGCGACCACCAGCUAUGGCUCAAGCCAAGAAGACGCCACUGGCCCUCUCUCUCAACCACCAGCCAUGGUUCGAGUCAAGACGCCCACGCGUGACAUCCCAGGCAACCACAACUCGUGCCCCGAUGCAGCCGCUAGUCCGCGAGAAUAAUAGCACUGAAUCCUUAGGUCUGCAUUGUGCCUUGGGGCCUCCUGUCAUGGUGCCUCCUGUCCGGGUGCAUUUCAACCGGCAGCAGAAGAGAAUGGCAUGCGCCUCUGACUGCGGCUACUUUUGGCCUUGAUGACUGUCCCCCGACGUACGGGACUGCGCGCUCACCCCGGCAGAGACCCAGAGUCAGCCGGACUGUUGAAGACAAGAAAGAGAUUGCCGAGAGAAUGUUGAAGACAAGUAGACUGUUCAAGAUAAGAAAGAGGUUGCCGAGACCGCGGCCGUCGCUCUCAUGAGCCGCUUUCCCGACAUUAUGUCGCCUCCUAUCAACCUGAAAGACGGCGUGCUUGACCAUCAUGAGGGCCUUUCGAUAGCCGUACAAAUCAUCGAAAAAAAAACCU